UCCACUUAUUGAUUGGUAUUCCAUCAAUCUUCUCAAUUGGGCACUAGUGUGGUGUGUGGUUCCAACACGCUAGUAGAACUUAAUCAGGCGAUAAUCCAAAAUUUACCAGAGACUUUGACGACCACGCUCGCUGCAACCUCUAUACAGCUACCAACAUGACAAGAUGAAGCUCACGAAUAGCGGCUCGGUGCCCGUGUACACCAUCGCAGGCGCAUCGACGGCGCGACCACUACCUGAAUGGCUUGCACGCAAGCGAAAGCGCAGUCUCAAGCGUGACGCCGAGUAUUCUAGCCGAGUCGAGCUGCUGCAGGACUUCGAAUUCGAAGAGGCCAGCCAGUGCGUGCGCGUCAGCGACGAUGGCGAGUGGGUUAUGAGCACGGGGACUUACAAGCCUCAGAUCCACACACACUAUCUGCCCCAUCUCUCGCUGUCCUUCGCGCGCCACACCAACACCGUCAACGAGACCUUUGUGCUCCUCUCUCAGGACUACAGCAAGUCGCUGCACCUGCAGACCGAUCGCUUCCUGGAGUUCCACACACCUGGUGGCGUGCACUAUACCACCCGUAUUCCGCGGUAUGGAAGAGACUUGAAGUACAAUACGCGCAACGCAGAAGCACUGGUGCCGGCGGUGGGGGUCAACGCAGAAGGCAAUGGAGAAGUCUUUCGGCUCAACCUCGAGCUGGGACGUUUCAUGAAGGGCUACGAAAUCGAUGUGGGAGGCGAUGAUUUGGACACCUUCGGGGGCGGGGCGCUCCAGGGAGGCGUGAAUACUGGUUCUGUCAACUGCGCGGCCAUUGCAGACCAGAGCCACGGCCUACUUGCCUUUGGCACUUCGAUCGGGACAGUCGAAUUCUGGGACGCACGGUCGAGAAAUCGUGUCAGUGUGCUUGGCCUGCCUAGACAGGCUCCUGAUGCCGAUAUCGAUUCGAGACCAGAGGUGACUGCGCUCUCAUUCCAUCGUUCGGGUCUGAAUCUGGCGACUGGUAACAGUAAUGGUAUCGUUCGCACAUAUGAUCUUCGAUCCCCUGUUCCUCUGUUGGAGAAGCACCAGGGCUACGAUAAUCCUAUACGAACCUUGCAGUAUAUCGAGUCCCCGCUGGCAUCUGGGAAGAUUCUCAGCGCCGAUCGGAAAGGCAUCAAGCUAUGGGAUGAAGUAUCUGGAGACUACUGGACUGGAAUUGAGCCUGCAGUGGACGUGAAUCAUGUCGAGUGGGUCCCGUCCAGUGGUAUGCUUCUGACUGCCAACGAAGGAAGACAGCAGCAUGCCUUCUUCAUACCACAGUUAGGGCCGGCCCCUAAGUGGUGUGCCUUCUUGGAUAACCUUGUAGAGGAGAUGGCCGAGGAUUCUGAAGAUCCCCAUGCAUUCAAAUCCUCUGGCACGGGUGCGGGAGAAGUGUACGACAACUACAAAUUCGUCGACAUGAAGCAACUACGAGAGCUCAGCCUGGACCAUCUAAUUGGCACAACAAAUCUGCUAAGACCGUAUAUGCACGGCUACUUUGUCGGUCAGAAGUUGUAUGAAGAAGCACGACUACUCACCAACCCCGACUUGGCAGAGCAACAAAGACAAAAGAGCAUUCAAGAGAAGAUUGACAAAGAGCGUGAGAGUCGUAUCCGCGGUUCCAAGAAAGUCGCAGUUAAGGUCAACAGAAAGUUUGCAGAGACUUUGGUCGCCAAAGAAGAAGCCAACGAACGACGAAAAGCACAACGUGUGCUCCGACAAGGUGGGGAUCAGCCACUUUCCAAAGUACCCGAAGAAGAAGAUACUACCAAACCAUUACUCGAUCCACGAUUUGGCAAUCUCUUUGAAGACGAGGAUUUCGAAAUCGAUGAGACGAGUCGUGAAUUCGCCAUGCACAAUCCAUCCACAAUACCAACAACAACACCAAAGCCGCGCGGUCUGACAGCCGUAGAAGAGGAAGCCCUAGAAGACACCAAACACCACAGCAGCGCCUCAGAAGACGACGACGAAGACGAAGAAGACGAAGAAGAAGUCGCCGCACGAAAUCGACAACGUCAAAGACAACAACAAUCCGAUUCUUCGCUCCAAAAUUCCCAAGGCCGAAUCGGAUCCACAUCCUACACAAAAUCUGGCAAGAGACCUCAGCAGAAGAACCAGCACCAACAACCGACCAUGCGAGUUUCAUCUUCGACGGAAAGUAAAAUUCGUAAGCCACAACGGGACAAGUCGUUUGGAGAUUUGGCUUCUUCGCUCCCUGCGUCUCGACAACAGCAACAUCAUCGGGCUUCUGCUGCGGAUGGCGGCGAUAGGCCGUUCGGUGAGAAGCAGAUCACUUUUGCGCCGAGUAGUUCCAAACAAAAGAAGCAGUCCCAGCGACGAGCAGGCGAGGAUGGUGGGAGAAGUGUUGGCAGGGGUCAGGAGAGGCGCAGUGCCAGUGGUAAUGUGUUUAGAAAGUUGUAGUUGGAAUACGGUAGCAGUAGCAGUAGCAGCCACAAUGAACUUAUCUGCUAUGCUAUGCGUCCUCCCUUCGGGGUCUUAUUCUCGCCUCAUGUAUCUCGUUACUGAGAUUAUAGCCGUAUAAAGGAUUCUCCGCCAACGCCCACGCUAAUCUUCAUAGAUAUUCAUUUUUCCAUAUGCCUCGCUUGCGCUUUAUAUCGCUUUGAGUGUUCAACACCGUGAUCGUGAUAAUAACGCCAGCUGCAUUUUCUGACUCCCUGGCCAUGCCAAUCGACAUUGAAAUCAAAUAAAGCAACCCAACCCGCUGAACGCCUCACACAGCGCCCGAUCCGUGAAUACAGAAACCUCAUAACCUCCAGGGCCAUGCUUUCCGUCAUUCGCAGUACUCUGUAAUACAUCCCAAACAUAAUUCUCCUGCGUAGCGUAAUAUUUCUUCGUCCCGAAAUCGUAGCCACCAAAUGGGUCGAUGGGUGCUUCUGGCACUGCCUUGACUUUUGCUUUGAGCCCUUUGAUAACGAGAUUCUUCCCGUCUGCAUUCCCGCUGCUGCUGGUGCUGUUUGUCUUGUUCCUGCUAACCUCUGACACAGCCUGGAGAUGUUGUUGUCGAGCAGCGGCAUCGUGUCGAUUCAAGCGCUUCUUCAGAGUAGCACUGGCACCAGCUUCCAUCGCAGCGACAGCGUUAGGAUCCUGUCCAUUCUCCAAACGUUUCAACAUGUCUCUCUUAUUCGCUUGAACCUCUCUCCUCUCAUCAGCUUCUUCCCUUCUCGCAGCCUCUCUCCUCUGUUUCGCGACUUCCCUCUCAGCUUUUUGAAGUUUAUCAUAGGACAUGCUUUCCUGCUGUGCCAGAUCCGCAUUCUCCGCAAUUUCUUGCUGGUGAGCUUUCUCAUAUUCUCGAAACCUCCGUUCAGUCACCUCCUCAUCAAUUCGAUUGAUCAUAUUGAAUGUAAUGUCCUCCACAUCAUUCAAAUAAUCGUUCCAGUCUCUCAACGUCUCAAAUUCCUCCUCCCUUCGAUUAAACACCUUCGCGACUUUCCGGCGAAUGUCGACUUCGCGCUCGACUUGGAUGUCCUCGAAAGUUUGUUGACGGAAACGGUUUUUUCGGAGCGUCUCGUGGCAUUUCGGUAUAGGACAGGGUUGGGGUCCGUGUGAGAAGAGGCGAUCGACGCAGGAUUCGCACAUUUUGUGGUAGCAGGCCGGGUUGACGAGGAAGCGGAGGCUCGGAUUGAGGUAGCGACUGCUUUUGCAUACUGGACAGAUAUCAUCUGAGCUGGUGGUGUUUGAGGGUCUGCCCGAGGACUGCUGGUUGUGAGCUAGCCGCGACAUGGUGAUCACGG